AUGCUCACUUUCCCAAAAAUGAAAGCACCCAUAUCAACUCUUCUGGACCUCAAACUCUUCUACCUCCUCCUAAAUCUCUGUCUCUGUGUAGAAGCUUGGCCGCAUGGGGACAACUGCCCGAGCUCCAGGUGGAACGUCAUGUGUCGUCCAUGCUGCGAGUACCAGCUGAUCCAGUGUCGCUGUCCCUCCAAAGGGUCAAAGGUCGGCUACACUGUCCCCUGCUGCCGCAACGCUCUGGACGAGUGUGACCCCUGCACCAUUCACCCAGGCUGCAGUCUGUUUGAGAACUGUAAGACCUGCAGCAAUGGAACGUGGAAAGCCAAUGACGACUUCUUCGUCAAUGGAAAGUACUGCACCGAGUGUCGCCACGGCUGGAGUGGAGGGGACUGCAGGACAUGUGGAGGCGUCAUUCAGCGGUCUCAGGGUCACAUAGCCGUGGAGAGUUACCCAACAAACGCCCGGUGUGAGUGGACAGUGAGAGUGGAGGGCGGCAGCAGCAUCGAGCUGAGGUUUUCACAGCUCAGUCUGGAGUCGGACCCCAGCUGUCGUUAUGACUACGUCGAGGUGCGCGACGGCGUCGACCUUAGCUCCCCUGUGAUUGGCCGCUUCUGUGGGGAUCGGCUGCCUCCUCCGGUCAAAAGCUCUGGGAACAUCCUGCACAUCCUGUUCACCUCAGACGGCUACAACAACUUUGAUGGCUUUGUUCUUACUUUUCAGCAGAGUUCAGCCAUCGAGAAUCGAAUGUGUGCACUCCCAGAGAAACCGGUGAAUGGAUAUAUACUGCCUGUAUAUGGACAACAGGAGGAGCUUGUAUCUGUAAACUACCGGUGCCAUCCACCUUUCAUACUGAUCGGCUCCCAGCAGAGAACCUGUCUGCCUAAUAGCACGUGGAGUGGCACAGUUCCAACAUGUGUAAAAGGCCAAACAAGCAGAGCCCGGUGUUCCCCUCCACCCAAAUUGCUCAACGGCUACCACAGAGCUGCUCCGGACACAGCUGGAGGUGCACAGGCCGUCGGGUUUUUCUGUAAAAAGUCCUACAUUCUGAGUGGGAACCACCAGAGCACCUGCCUCUCUAAUGGAUCCUGGAGUAGCAGGCCGCCCAAAUGUGUGAGAGCAUGUCGAGAGCCAAAGGUUUCUGAACUCGUUCGUCAAAGUGUUGUGAAGCCACCUCAGAUGUCAAGAGAGAAUCCAGACCAAAGAAUCCACCUCUCGUCCAGGUUCAAUGUGCACGAUUUGUUGUCAACUGGAUUUAUUCCACUUGCAUCAGAUAAACAGUCAAAAAAAGACGACGACGCCUUCGCAGAGCUUCCUCGGGGCUUCCACCCGCUCCACACAAUCAUUGAGUAUAAGUGUGCCUCCCCGCUCUACCGCAACAAGGGGAGCUCCCGACGCAUCUGUCUGAGGUCUGGCAGGUGGGCUGGCCGCCAUGUUUCCUGCUCACCAGUUUGUGGCAAAUUCAACACUUCCAGUCCACACAACCCCGCAGACACAGCGUGGCCGUGGCACGCAGCCGUCUACAUCCGCUCACCUCCUGACCGUACUGCCAGCACCCAAGGGCCCAGCAGAGUAACCAUGUCCGCCCAGCAGGGGGCCUCAGAGGAGUCCACAUUCUGGUACCUCGCCUGCAGCGGGGCUCUGCUCAGCCAGCGUGGCGUCCUGGUGGCAGCUCAGUGUGUGGUGGACAAGGACAAGCAGCAGACCCUUCACCCAACACAUGUGAAGGUCGUCAUAGGCGUGCAGGACAAGACAUCUAAGGACGGACAGAGAAGCAUGCACCACCUCAGGGUUUCAGACGUUUUAGUCCAUCCAAAUUUUUACUCCACACCAGACUCCAACGUGGCUGUGCUCAGGCUCAAAGACAAGGCCAGGAUCAGUGAGCGUGUGCUGCCAGUGUGUCUCCCCAAAGUGCAAGGUGGAGAGGUGACGGAGCAGGAGGCUUACGCUGCGAGGUGGACUUUACCGAAUCACAGAAGCCGCCAACAUCCCACCAGCCAGACCAGACUAGUUGCAUUGGCUGAUGUGACUCAAUGCGAAAGAGAAUUUGCUCGAGGAGGAGCCCACCAGGCGGUAAUCAGUGACAAUACGCUGUGUGUCUUCAGGAAGCCGUCCAGUCCCCAAAGCCCUUGUCCUAGUGUCAUUCCAGGCAUCACAACCGUGCCAGCUGUGUUUUCGUCCACGAGUGGUGUGUUGUCGGGCCACGAGGACACUCAGGGGGCCUCCAGCACAGGCUGGCAGCUUCUUGGUUUAGAGGGUUUCAGCUAUAAGGAGGAGAACUGCCAUCAACAGACUUACACAGUUCAGACACGAAUAGCCAACUUUCGAGACUGGAUAGAAAAAAACAAAAAGUAG